AUGUUCAAUAGUAGCAUAACAACCGUCACUGAAUUCAUCAUUUUGGGAUUCCCAGGACUCCUGCCCCAGUAUCAUGGACCAGUCGGAGCACUUUUAUUCCUCAUCUAUCUAAUGCUUGCAACUGGAAAUGUUUUCAUCGUCAUGUUUGUAGCCUCUGAGAGAAGCCUUCAAAAACCAACCUAUCUUAUUUUCUGUAACCUUGCGAUGUCAGACCUUGCAUUUGGAACAGUCACUUUGCCAAAAGUCAUUGCAAGGUACUGGCUCUCAGAUAGAAUAAUCUCAUACAGUGCAUGCUUUACUCAGAUGUUUUUUGUCCAUUUUUUGGGGGCUAAUAAUUCAUUACUUAUGUCAUUAUUGGCUCUUGACCGAUUCAUUGCCAUAUGCAACCCUCUCAGAUAUCCCUCUCUAAUUACAAAUCGCUCUAUUUUAAAAUUGUGCACAAUUUCAUGGGUAUUUACAGUUGUAUGUAUGGUUGUAAUUGUUAAUGGAGCCCUUUCCAUGCCUUACUGUGGUCCAAAUAUUAUAACCCAAUGUUACUGUGAUCAUACUUCAAUAACUAAACUUGCAUGUGCUGACAUUACAAGGGUAAAAACCUUUGCAUUUGGUAUAGCUAUGUUCGUUCUCAUGGGUCCCUUCACUUUUAUCAUAUUCUCUUACAUAUUCAUAAUAGCAUCUGUCUCCAAAAUCUCCAGCUCAGAGGGGCGAUAUAAGACAUUUUCAACAUGCAGCCCUCAGCUAAUGAUUAUAUGCCUUUAUUAUCUGCCUAGAUGUGUUGUUUACAUAUAUGACAUGAGUGUUGAAAUCAAUGCAAACAUUCGUAUUAUGUUGAUUAUGUGGUAUAGCUUAUUUCCUUCUGUUGUGAAUCCAGUCAUAUACUGCUUUCGAACAAAGGAAAUCAAAGAUAUUCUAAAAAGGAAAAUUAAAACCAGACUAAUUGCAAUUAAGUAA